CUGCAAACCGGAACAUCAUUGAGGCUUAACUUUAGCCACACAACCAGCCACUGUUGUGGCUCAACCACCUGUUGUACUGCAGCUAAUGAAUGCCCAACAGCGAUAAGCCCCUGUGAAAAGUUUCUUCCUGACAGUAGCACAUUGCACUGGGAGUGUGUGGGCUGUACUGUCAAGUCCAGUUUGGAGGUGUUGUGGUAUGUUGUGCCGUGUUGUGCCACAUCCUGGAGCUGUUCACACCCAAGGGGAGGCUUGUGAUGUUUGACGAGAUUUGGAGUUUUGGAUGAGGUUCCCGAAUGUGAUGUGGUAUGGAAAGUGUUUCAACUAAAGCCUCCCCUUUUCGCAAACUUCACUCUCGAAUCAUGGCCACGGGGUAUGAGUAUCUGCUGCUGGAGCAAGGCCGGGAGACGGAGGAUGCCAUUGCUGCUGAAAGUCAUGACACUCUCAACAAAAAGCCUAAAUCCCAGAAGUCUGGAGACUGCAGACUCAAGGCUAUUGCCAUCACAUCGUUUCUCAUCAUCGUCGCCCUGGUCAUCUUCAUAGCAUGGCAGCACUUCACAACACAGAGGCAGGAGGUUUGUACAACCCCAGAAUGUGUGACCACCAGUGCCUACAUCAUAUCCUUGAUGAACACAACACAAGAUCCCUGUGACAACUUCUAUGAGUAUGCUUGUGGAGGAUGGGAACACAACACAGUUAUCCCCCCUGAUAAGGCCAAAUAUGGCUCCUUUCAAGAACUGGAAACUAAGAACAAAGCUCUUUUGAAGAAGAUCCUCGACUCCAAGGGAACCAUGUACAAGGGGGAAAACUCUACAUCAGUGGGCAAAGCCAAGACCUUGUACAAGAACUGCAUGGACAAGCAGGCAGUGGAGAAUCUGGGCAUUGUUCCGGCUCUUCAGUUAAUCAAAAAGUUGGGGUCAUGGACGGUGGCCUCUGACCCUGACUCAGGAACAUGGGAGGAGGCUAGCUGGAGUUUCAUGGACACCCUGGUAGCUAUGCACAAGUUAAACCGCCCAGCGUUCUUCCUUAUGACCGUCAGCCAGGACGACAUGCACAGUGAUAAGAAUAUCAUAACGUUCCAGCAAAGUGGCCUGACUCUUGGUGAGAGGGAAGAGUACACAGGAAACAACUCACAGAAGUUCAAGAAGGCUUUCCUUGGCUUUGCCACACAGAUGGGCGAGCUCUUAGGGGGAGACAACUCUACCCUUGAGAAAAUGACAAAAGUCUAUGACCUUGAGAAAAGUCUAGCAGAGAUCUUCAUGCCUAAAGAGGAGCUGGUAGAUCCUGUGGCUACUUACCAUAAGAUGACUCUAGAGGCGUUCAAGACAAUGAUUGGCAGUCAGUUUUCAAUCAAGGCGUACGCUGAUAAGCUGUUUGGGACGGACAUUCCGUUGUCGGAGGAGAUCGUGGUGUACACUGUGGACUACUUCAAGAAGCUCGGCGACAUCAUCAAGAACACCCCCAAGGAAGUCCUCGCCAACUACUUGAUGUGGCAGCUCCUCAACAUCCUCCCCGGCUACCUGCCUGACAAGUUUGUGGAUGCUGCGCUCAUCCUGACGAAGGCCGAGACCGGAGUGUCCGACGUGGGUCCGCGGUGGCAGCGCUGUGUCUUCAAGACAACUGCCUCCCUGCCGUUUGUGACAGGAGCUCUGUUCGUGCAGGAGAAAUUCCCUCCAGACAGCAAACAGGAGGUCCUCAACAUUAUCGAUGACAUUGAAAACGCAUUCAUGAGAAACUUAAACACAGUCGCGUGGAUGGACGAACAGACACGAGAUAUUGCCAUCGAAAAGGUCAAGGCCGUGACUGACAUGAUCGGCUACCCUGACUACAUCCUUGACCCUGAGAAACUGGACAGGCAUUAUGAGAACAUGACAAUCCCAGACGGACAGUUUCUCUUCAGCCGCUUGUCAGUGUUGACCUUCCAGAAAGAGUUCAACUUGAACAAAAGAGGAAAAAAACCUGACAGAAAAGAAUGGGACAUGGCGCCAUCUGAUGUGAACGCAUACUACAGUCCGUCCAACAACCAGAUUGUGUUCCCUGCUGGAAUCCUGCACAAACCCUUCUUCAACCCACAGUUUCCAUUGUCAUUCCGCUAUGGAUCUCUUGGAAUGAUUGUCGGCCAUGAGCUGACCCAUGGAUUUGAUAACAAAGGUAGGAACUACGACAAGGAUGGCAACCUGCACAGCUGGUGGACCAACUCCUCAGCUAGGGGCUUCGAGGAGAAGACAGCGUGUAUGAUCAACCAGUACAGUCAAUACACAGUAGAGGGCAUCCAUCUGAAUGGCAAGUACACGCUGGGAGAAAAUAUUGCUGACAAUGGUGGACUGAAGACGUCUUACUCGGCCUACCAGAUGGCUAAACAUUCAUCAGGCACCCCUCCUAAACUUCCCGGGAUGAACCUCACGCCAGACCAACUCUUCUACGUCGGAUUUGCUCAGAUAUGGUGUUCGUAUUAUACCCCUGAGUAUGCCAAACAGACCGUGAUGACUGACGUGCACAGUAACGCCAAGUACAGGGUGAUCGGGCCUGUGUCCAACUCGUACGACUUCUCCAGCGUAUUCAAGUGUCCGGCCGGAGCACCGAUGAACCCCAGCAAGAAGUGCACAGUCUGGUGAUGAAGACGUAGCUUUAGGUGAUGGCCACAUAUCUCAGCACGCUGCAGCUCCAUCGCAAACACUUCACAGGGUUUCUACACACUAUGUUCCUUCAGCACACAUCAAUAUAUAUAUAUCCUUUUGCCAUGUACCUGCUGUUGUUUGCGGCCUGGCUCUAGCAAAGGGAUACCAGUGAGCUCUCAGACCAAUAAACGCUCAGAUUACACGGCACAAAUGGCUAUAUUUCACGUGCAACAUACGCCAUAGGUCUGCAACCAUCUAUACUCCACAUGGCUUCAAUGUCAGGCAGUUGUAGGGUUUACACCAACUUCAUGCAGGGAGAACGGCUCCUUUGAUUUCUGUGAGUUCCGCGAACACCUGGCGCCAUCACUGAUAUUCAGUUGUCCAUUCAUAUAGUUUUCUCACCUAGUUUGUCCUUUACCCCUAAUGAGGGGCGGUCGGGUAGCCUAGUGGUUAAAGCGUUCACUCGUCACGCCGAAGACCUGGGUUCGUUGCAAUGUCAAAAAUGUUAAUGCAUCUUGUCCAUCUUUAGAAAUAUUUACAUUGAAACUCGAGGAAUUAUUUCAUUAUGACAAUCUUGUUCAUAAUAAUUCUGAGGGCAGAGCUUUUACACAAAAUGCUGUUUUUAAAUACCGUGAUCGACGUAAUAAGCGUGCAGGGCACUCACAAAAUUAGAAAUAGGGGGCUCUUAUUAGAAUAUUAUUUUGGUGAAAAAAACAGGUGAAAGAUAAAUUUCGUGGUUUAUGCUGACAGCCUGAAAUGUUCAUGUACGACAGAUAUAUUUUUCCAGAAUUUAAUUGCACAUAAUUAAGGGUGCAUAUAACACACGAGUGCAUAUUAUACGCGAAUAAAUAAGUCUUGUGUACAUUGAUCAAUCGGAAGGGGUGCUAAUUGGGAUUGUUCACUAGCCAAUAUAUUAGCAAAGAUCGCCGUGGGCGCUUAUUAGAGCGGGGCUCUUAUUACGUUGAAUACAGUACUGGUUUCAUUUUAAUCCAGGGAAAAUGUCUGAGCAAGUAGGUUUUAAGUCACUAAGUUUUACUGGAUUAUAAGAAAUCCUGUAAUCUUUAUAUGUUGUUUUUUGGGGGGUUUUAUUGGGGGAGAAGUGUGUUUGCUUUAUGAAACACUCAGCUUGCCAAUUAAUUCUGCUGACUUCAACAGAAAUGUUGGAUAGACUAUAUCUGUAUCUGUUUCAUUACUGUGUGUAAUCGUAUGGUCAUGUCUCUUUUUAUGACCUUAUCUAUAGGGUUGUUUUGGGGGGGGUGAGGUAGCACAGUGGUUAAAGUGUACACUUGUACCGUGCAGGCCAGGGUUUGAUUCCCCUCAUGGAUGCAAUGUGCUGGAUGUACACUUAGACUUAGAAACAAAUUCUUUAAAAUUAUUUUUUCUAAAGAACCUUCCUCUUCUGCUUGAUGUGGAAUGAAGGAAAGUAGACUUGGUUUAGUUUGAUCUAGACUUGCUUUGACUUGUAGCAAAACAGUCAUGAUGCAGGACUAGCAUUAGUAAUGUGCAGUCUGUGACUCUAGACACUGGUCCAAAGGCCAAGGCUAGAAAAACGUCUAUCGGUCUUGUAAGCUUGACAAUAAAAGUCCAUUCUUUAAAAUUAAGAUCUUCAGAAAAUGAUGUAAAGUGACAGGUUUUGGCUAGUAGAGUAAAAACAAUCGGCACAGACGGAAUUUGUUGUCUCACACAAUGAAAUAGCUGUAUAUUACAGCAUCAAGACAUACUCUUGCUAAUUCAAUGCACGGUGCUAUUUGUUCUGUAAUUCACUACAGUACAGUGGUUACACAAGAAGUCGCUAAUGUCUGCAUUCCUUUCUGACUAUGCAUGCAUUCCUUCUGACUUUUAUAUAUUUAAAAAAAGAUAAAACUUUAGUCAACUUCAGUGUACAUGCAUGACCAGAUUGAUUUAUACAAGUAUCUAAAUACAUUUUGCGAUGUCUACGGUCAAACUUCUCCCAGUCGAAUACAGUAAACUACGGUUAUAACGAACUCACUAAUUUUAGUUCGUUGUAACCAUAGUUCGUUAUAAGCAUAUAUACAACAUCUAUACAGCAAAUGGCCGGGGCCAAAAAUAAAGUUCGUUAUAUCCGUCAUUUCGUUAUAAGCGUGUUCGUUAUAAACGUAUUUUACUGUAGUUUGUACCUAUCUCUUGAGACCAACAGGGCAGUCUUACAUCAGUCCGAAGUCAUGUAUAUCAAGACCAGUGUGUACUUUGAAAGACUGUCUGUGUUCCACAUCUUCAUCCCCAAUGAUACUGAUGCAAAAAGGUGCUUGGCCUUCCAGCUGUCUAAAGCUGCAAAGGUCAAAUCAGGUCAAAUCAGGUGCGCUAUAUUGGAAUUAGGAAACUAUUUUGGUUUCUCUCAUCUGCAUGAAAUUCACUGCUUUGGUUACUAAAUGUGAACCGACAAAGAUAUGUUAUGAAAGCAUGCUGGACAUAGGCUAACUUUGUGUGUGAUGUUUGUUUUCGGAGCAGAACUCCGAAACAGUUAAAAAUUUCUUCAUCAAACUUUGCAUGUAUAUCACUCAAGUGGUGAAAUUGUGCCUUUUGCUAUUUAGGAAUUUUAGAAAUUUUUAUUUUUUACGUUUACAUGGCAACAAGUUGGACUUAGGUUCUAUAAGGGUGGUGUUCAUUUAUCAUGUCGAGUCCACAAAUAUUAAUAUUUUAUCAGUUUGAUAUUAGGUCAGUACCACAGAAAUUUUUCUUCAUGUUAAUUAAAAUUAUGAAUAUUUCUACUUUUCAUGAAUUGUCAACUAUUUUGCAGGACAUACAUGUUGAAUGGGAAGUCUGUUUAUUGUGUACUUUUUCUGUAUGUUGCAUAUCGUGUGAACUUCACGUUAGAGUAUUACAUUCACAGACAUUAUUUUUCUAUCACAUUUACAUGAUUUAAUAAUCUUCAAGAACCAACACUUGUCGUAAGAGGAGAUUAACAGGAUUGGGUGGACAGGCUCGGUAACUUGGUCGAUACAUGUCACCGUAUCUCAAUUGCGUGGAUCAAUGCACAUGAUCUCAAUCACUGGAUUGUCUGGUCCAGACUCCUGUAUUUUCAGACCGCCAUCAUAUAGCUGGAAUAUUGCUGGGUGCGGCAUUAAACAACAAGCAAACAAACAAACAAGAUUUAAAUAUGAUUUUAAUAAAGCAGGGACCACUAUAUUUUUCUGUUUUACAAAUAAGCAUCCCCUCAGUGCUGAAGACGUUAAAACAGAUGCUGUGAUUGAUUGAUGCUUAUGUUGAACCCUGUAUUGUUUGUACUUUCAGUGCAAGAGGUUUGGGGAUUUUUAUCUCAAAUCAACCUUGACAACAAUGUUUUUGUGUGUGUGUAAAUUGGUCUGGCCCUUACGGUCUCGUAAUGAUUCUUAUAUGGUGUUUUUUAUGAGACGACAAAGAGUUAUAGUGUUUUAUAAACAUCUUGAUUAUAUUGUAACAUGCUAUGACGUGAGCCCCUGUAUACAUAUAUGUACACUAUUGAGACCACAACCUUUUAAUUUUCAUUUGUUUUUCAAAAAGGAGCUUGACUAAAUGCAAGGUAUGAUAUGGGCCUGUUUCGUCAAACCUUUGAAAUAUUAGUAGGAAAAUUAUCGGGCUUUCAAAUAGCAGGAUAGAUGUUGUCAAACGGAUAGUUAUUUCACAAAUUUGUAACUGAAGAACUGAUAUUGCCAAACAAAUAUUUGUAAAAGGCAGACCAUUAUAAAAGUGUACGAAUAGAAUAUUACUCUAUUUUUUACAUUCUCCGUCACACAUCAACUGACGAUGAUCAAGUUUUCCAGAUGUGAGCAGUCGUUAGGUUAACAGCAUCCUCUUAAGGUUGUGAUAAUGUGUUUUAUUCCAGCAAAUAAUGUUUUUUAGUUUACCUGUCAGAAUACAUUGUUUUUCUUGUGUUUCUUUCAAUUCUGUAUAUAGUAGGGAAAGGGCUUGUUAUUAAUGUGUGUAUUGGUUACAAAGUGUGUGUAAAUAUUUUUACCAUGGUCAAUAGAGUAUUUAUUUUCUUGGAGAGAUCUGAUGUGACCAGAACUGUUCACUAUUUCCAGUGUUAAUUGUCUCAACACACGUGCCCAAUGACUAUGUGUUGGGUGGGCAUAUUAUCAGCAUAUGAAAACUGGGUCCUUUCGGUUUGAGAAUUUGAAUAUCUGAGUAGGAUUUGAACCCAUUUUGUUUUUGGAUGAGAAUAGGGACCCAGUGCUUAGCAAAGUAGAUAUCAGAGGGCAAAAUUGUACAAAAUGGUAUACGAUGCAACAUUUAACAUGGGGUAUUUUUUAUAUUUUGAAAGAUUUUUCACAGUUCUAAACUGAAAAAUUAAAAGCUUCAUUUCGGAUGGAAGAAAAUGAAAGAAAAAACAUUCGUAAUUUUGUUUUUCUUUCUUGAAAUAGAUCAUUCUUACAGGGCGAUAAUAUGCAAGAAAAAGUACUAUGAAAAAAUCUUUUGCAAGACAACCUUGCAGAUACAUAUGAUCUGUUGGAAAGAAAAUAGUUUGUCUUUUCGACAAAAUUUGUUAAAACAAAUAAUUCUGUGGGUUUCAUCACAUUUGUGAGUGGUAGUGGUUUAUAGUCACAUCAAUUAAUUCCACUGGUGGCGGUUCUCACAGAAGUACACCCUAUACCAAAAUACCCAUCAAUCUGAAAUGGUGAAGAAUCACUUUACUUACUGCUGGUUGAUGUAACAUUCAGGGUUGGGGCUCAAGAUGUUUAUAUAGAAGCCCAGGUGUUGGAUCAUUGAUCACUUCAGAUUGGUACUUUGUUCCAUGUUUGGGGCUGCCAACUUUUGUAGUUUGGCCCAAAUCAUGAUUAAAUAUUAGUGAUCAACCAUUUCAUAUUCUGGGGAGGCAUGGGAACUUAUUGAAAAAUAUAAACUGGAAAAUUCUUGAAAAUAAUAAUUAUGUUUUAGACUUUGGAAAAAAAAGAAGAAAAUGCCUGUCACAAAAAAUACAUUGUUGCAAGGUGUUUUUAUUCAGGCUCCUAGUUUAAAAAAACACAUUCUGGUUAUGAAGCUGAAAAAAUUCUAAUCUCGAUACAGAAUCCCAGUUCCCCAAACAUCAAAUGGAUGGUCCCUCAUAUUAAACUGGUUCUUAGAUUGUGUGAGGGGUAAAGUGUUUAAUGAACAUGUAGAAUAUCUGCAUAAUAAUUCUUGUUCAGGGCUUCUUGGACAGAUAUCAGUGCCCAGAUAAUGAAUAUGUAAAUUUGUAAAUAUGUAUAUAUAAAGUUGUCAUGGCAAUCGCCACAGUGCCUCCAAAGUCAAUGUCUUCCAACAUGUACUAUAGCAAUAUUCAUAUUCAGUAAUAAAGACUAUUUAUCAUA